CUAUCGUAAAUCGGCCGCUUCCAUCCAACGAUGGCGCAUUUCCAAUUGUUUUUCAUCUUGACACUCUUUUAUUUUUCGAAGGCACAAUCUGAUGAUUUGAGUCAACGCAUUGAAUUCCUUAAAUGUUUCCUGAAACGCGAAGGGAGGUCAUCGGCAAUUGUCUCGCACAUGCAAAUGAGUAAAAAGGAACACAUACAAAUGUCUAAAAUGUUAGGCGCUGAUCAUAAACAAUUUAAAAUAGCCCCUAGAACAGAAUACACGCUGUCCAAAGAAACUAAUGAUGUCGUUCACUUGGUGGACUUACACAGUGAAACUGCUUGGGAACUAUUAUAUAAGGCAAUCAAGAAUAAAUCGAUCAAGAGUGCCAGUCGAUGGCUACUGUUUACCAAUAAUGGUCACGAUAAUGAUUCCGUUCCGAAUGAUCGCUAUAAGGAUGUAGACUUCAUAGCAAAUAAUGAUUACAUUGAUGCGAAGCGAUCCAUUGAAGAUCAGUUCGCUAACAUGUAUUUUGAUAUAAGCACGGAGGUCUAUGUUGCAUUUCAACGAAGUAACUGCAUACUUUUAUAUUCAGUGUAUAAAAUAAAAGCCCAUCUCCCUUUGAUAUGGGAGUGCCUCGGCGUGUGGACGCCGGACGGCUUCGACCGGCCGCGGCCGGCGCCGACGGCGGUGCGGCGGCGCGACCUGCGGGGCGCGGAUGUCGUUUUACCAACCGUCUUACUACACAACCAAUCUUUAGAAGAUUUGCCCGACUAUCUGCACCGCGAACGGGACACUUUGACCAAGGUAGUAUACUAUAUGUGUACGCACCUCGUAGAGUGGGUAAAUGGAACUAAAAUAUGGAACCGGACUACCUCAUGGGGCUACCUGCAACCGGAUGGUCAGUGGGAUGGAAUUGUCCGUGAAAUGCAAGAUGGACGGGCUGAUAUAGCAGGUUCCUGUAUGAUGGCACAAAAAGAACGUGUUAAAUACGUGAACUAUGUCCUGGCCCCAUCGAAGAUUGAAGCUAUGUUUGUUUUCAAGAAGCCGGCGCUUGCGUCGGUGACUAACAUCUACGUUCUACCUUUUGACAUUGGCGUUUGGGUUUCGAUUAUAGUUCUGAUUAUUAUAUCAUCCUCUACUUUAUUUUUAUCUUCUUUUGGAGAGGAUCGUAUGAAGAAUUACUACAGCAAGUCAUGGCUUCAAAAAAUGUCAGACGGAUUUUUUGAUACGCUGUGUUUAAUGUUUCAACAAGGAACUGCCGCUGAUCCGCUUUCGAUAGCAAGCCGGCAGAUUCUACUGCUGGGACUGAUGGCGUUCAUGUUCCUGUACACGGCGUACUCUGCCAACGUGGUGGCGCUGCUGCAGUCGCCCACGAACGACAUCAACAGCAUCGAAACGUUGCUGACAUCUCCCGUGGCGUGUGGCUCGCAAGACGUCGUGUACGCGUGGCAGAUGUUCGGGCACGAGUCUCGUCCAAUUCAUCGUCUUCUGGCAGAUCGUAAAAUUAAUUCGCAGGGGAAAAAAGGUUUCCUCAGCGUUGAAGACGGCAUACGCAAAGUUAGAGAGGGCAUGUUCGCGUUCCAUGUGGAGCAGACAGCGGGCUUCGACCAAAUUCAGAAGACUUUUCUAGAGGACGAGAAAUGCAACCUUGGCUUUAUCAAGUACAUGUCCACAACGUCACCCUUCGUCGCCUUCUCGCAGAUCACGCCUAUCAAAGAGAUGCUUAGGAUCGGUGCUAACCGCAUUAUGGAAGUGGGAGUGCAGAGCCGCUCGGCGCGGCGCCUGGUGCCCGAGCGGCCCCGCUGCGGCGCCAGCGCCGCCAUGUUCAACGCCGUGCGACUGAGCGAUGUCGCGCCCGCCUUCCGCGUGCUGCUGGCGUUUUAUGCAUUGACACUGCCGAUACUUGGACUGGAGAUAUUGGUUAAGCGACGAGAAAUGAAAAGAGGAAUCUUCGAAUCAAAAUCUGUGGACACCGCAACUGCAGAAAUCACCAACAACAUAAUUAUUUAAGAAAACAAUAACCUUAUGCCUUUUGUAAUAAGGUCCACCGAUGGACAGUUAACAGUAUGGGCG